AUGUUGCGUAAACUGAAACAGCAGGUGACGCAAGCCGUAAACAGCGUUACUCCCUCCGAGCCUCAACACGAGCCACUGUUCAAUGAAAGCGACACAUCUUCAGAAGGAUUUCUCUGCCCCAUAUGCAUGCAUUCAUUUUCUUCUCCAGAUGAAUUGCAAAUACAUUUUCAGGUGCAUCCUAUCAAGCAGGUCGUGGAGCAAAAAGUCAGUGGUUCCUCCUCAUUCAGUUCACUUGGAAAUGGUUUUAAUGAGUCGGAUGCAGUUCAUCUCGAAUUGGACAUGAAAGAACUUAGAUCACAAUUGCAAGAUGAGAAACGUUAUUCAAUGGAGUUGAAAAAGGAGCUGGAUAGGUUGCAUGGCCUCAUUGCAAACCAGACAGAAAUAUCUGAGGACGAAAUGCCUUAUCUUGCGCAACAAGUGCAGAUGCUCGAAGCCGGAAAAGCAUUAGCAAUGGAACGAAUGCUUGAAAUGGAAAAAGAAACAAGUGGGAUGAACCGACAGGUUGAACAACUGAAGCAGGAAAAAAGCAGAUUAAUCAAAAAAAUUGGGGAACUUUCGAUGAAUAUUAUCAGCAAAACAGAUGAAGUCGAAGAGAAGAAUAAAGAAAAGGUUCUUUUGGGUGAUGAGCUAGUGCGCUAUCGGCAAGAGAUACAGAAUUUGGAAAUGGAAAUCGACGACCUACGAAAAAAACUCGAUCAAAGACCAUCCGAAGAUGAUGUCAGCGUGCUCAGAAAAGAAUUGGUACAUGCACAGCAGUUGAUGGACACAAUAACACAAGAGAAAGAAGAAGAAAUUAAUAAGGAUAUGGGCACAAUACGGGAUAUGGAGCAAAAUCAUGAGAAGUUAACUUGUGAAAUUGAGGUCCUAAAAAACAAUAUUGAAGUCUUCAAGAAUACAAUCUCCAAAUUUGAUGAUGGAUCUAAGAAACUUAUUGAAGAAAUCGACACUUUCAAAAAAGCUUGGGAAGAGAAAGCCGCAAAUGCAGCUAAAAGAAUCUUUGAUGCUUGUAAGAAAAUCGAUGAUUUAGAAAUUAUUGUAAAUGGAUACCGAAUAGAUAAUGGAGUUGAAAAGAAUAAAUUAUUAGAGAUUUCACAAGAAAAUGAGAAGUACAGGGAAGAGCUCCGCCAAAAUAAACAUGCGUUAGAAAUGGCUAUUUUGAAGGCUGAAAAAGUGGAGAAACGAUGCAUUAAUUUGCAACAUGAAAUCGCGUCAUUAACGGCUUUGCUCGAUGAACAAAAACAAAAUUACGCAAAAAAAGAAAUGCAAGCGAUUAAGGAAGAAGAAACGAUAGCUGAAUAUCGAGAGGAAAUUGAACAGUUGAAGAAAAACGUUUUCAAAUUGGAAGCUUCCUUGACUGAGGCAUCAACGACCGAAGGUAUUUUGAAGCAGAAUUUAAAAGAAGCAAAGACAAAGGAAUCACUUUUGUUGCAAAAAAUUUCUGAGGGCGAGGGAGCCGAUAAAUUAGCGAUGGAACAGAUGCAUAAGGAGAAAAUGACACUUGAAGAAACAGUCAUUGGAUUAAAUGAAGCUCUAAAAUCUUUAAAUAUCUCACAUGAAUAUGCAAUAUCUCAGCGUGAAGAAAGUUGGAAAGACAAGAUAGAGGUUGAAAAGGAGAAAAUGAAAAAGCUGGAAAGUAAACUGAAAGAACUGCAGUGUAAUUCCAUUUCUGCUGGGGAAGAGAAUAAAAAAUCUAAACUACGUCAUGAAAUUGAAAUGAGACAAUACCAUAAAGAAGUGUCAGUUCAGUUAUCGGCAAUGCUAGAAGAAAGAGAAGCGACAAUUGAAGAAAAGAAUAAAAUAAUCGAAACAGAAAGUGUUAAAUUAAGGUCAGCUAUCGAAAAGCACACGCUAAUGGAGGAAAAAGCGAGGCAGUUGGAUGAUGAAUUGCAUGAAAAAGAAACUGUAGCCAUCAAACAUAAUGAAGAAUAUAUGAAAUUAGAAGAAACGAUGAGGAAUGUACAAUCAGAACUAAAAGAAAUAAAAACAGCGAAAAAAGAGUUAGAAUGGAACUUAGCGGAAAAGGAGGAAAGUUCGAAGAAGAGUGUUUGCCAGUUACAGGAGGCACUUUCCACAUGUGAACAAGAAAAAAGUGCGCUAAAAAAACAACUUGAGAGUGUCAUGCAGCAAUUUUCUGUCUCGGUUGAAGAAUGUUCGAGAUGUAAGGAUAACGAAGUUGAAUUACUGGCAAGCAUGAGCCAAAAGGAAUUGUUAAUAAAGGAAUUAGAAGAAAAGAUCAACAGUUUAUUGGCGAAGUUGGAAUCGGAAAAACAUAGUUAUGAUGAUUCCAUAAGAGAAUUACAAUGUAAAUUGAAUCAUACGCAGCAGGAGAACACAGCGCAGGUGGUGACCCAGUUGGCAACGAUUUCUGAAUUAAGUGAGAAACUUCGUACGAAAGAAAAUCAGUUAUCUGAUGUAAUGCAGGAAAUGGAAAAGGUACAUAAUGAUUUGCGCUUAAAGGAAGAAGGAAGGUGUGCUCUGGAAAAUGAAGCAUUAAAAUUGAACAAGCAGAACUCAGAGUUACGGGAAGAAAUGGAUGACCUUGAAAAGUGCAUGUUACAACUCAGAAACGAUUUCGAAAAAGAGACUGAUUUGCUGAGGAGUAGUUUGGAAAAAUGCAAAAAGGAUAAGGAAGAAAGUUUGUCGAAACUUCAUAUGCAAUUGGAAACAGAAAAAAGUAGAUUAAAGGAAGCUUCAAAAGAUAAUGAGGAAAAGGAUGAAAAUUUGAAGCAAAUGAGAAAUGACUUAGAAAAUGCCAAAGAAAGUUUAAAUGAAUUAAGGAUUGUUCAAAGUGAAUUGGAGAAAAAGAAAAUAGAAUGGUUGCAAGAAAAACGAGCAUUGCAAGAAAGGUGUUUAACGGCAGAAAGUGAUCUUGAAUUUGAACGCGAACGAGCUAUUGUAAACAAGAGAAAUUUUGAUGAUGUUCAGACUGCUAUCCGAGAACUUGGACGAGUGAACCAGAAUUUGCAGAUGGAUUUCGCGAAGCAGAUAUCACGUAAAUGGUUAGAAGAUUCGGAGGCUAUAAAUUGUCAUGCAUGUGACAAACCAUUUACUCUUACAAAUCGCAAACAUCAUUGUAGACAAUGCGGACAGAUAUUUUGUGCCUCGUGUUCGUCAUUUACAGCUAAAAUUGCGUCGUCAAGAAAUCCGGUUCGUGUUUGUAAUGCAUGUCAUGAAGAAAUUGUGCACCGGUAA